ACACAAAGUCAGCAGCAGGCUUUAGCGCGCCACCAGCUCUCAGGGCUGCCGCAGCGGGAUCGGGAGAAUGUCAGCAGAUAGGGUCGGUGCAGCAGGCUCCCAGCGGCAUCAUGCCGCCGCUUUCUGAGGGUUUUGGAGACGAGGACGCGCUGCGGCGAUCCCUUUCUGUGCCGUCGUCGCCCAAUCCCCCCAAGUGGGUGCAGAACCUUCAGCAGGUGUGUCGGCAGGUAAGGAGCCCCCAGACCGGUGCGGCCAACCCCCCUGACGACCCCAAUCCCUUUCCUGUGACGACGGCUGACGGAUCGGCCGGUGCGGGCAAUGAGUCAUAUGCCUUCACAAACGGGUUCGCGCCGCGUUCGGACAUGAUCAGUGGGAGGCAGGCCGGGUCUGUCCAGCCUGACGUGGCCCCGGUCGUGUCCUCCCGGCCUGCAGUGAGCCACCAGCCAUUCUCGUCGAUCGCCCAGCUGCAGGCGUCGAUCCCUCCUGCCAGUGUGCCGUUUGGGGGCCUUUGUGUGCCUGUGCCUGUGGUGGGGGGCGGUUUGUGUGCUGGACGGCCGGUGCCUGAGAGCCCUGAAGUCAAGAAGGAGGAGGAUCGUGAGCCGAUGGACGUGUCGGUCGUCCCGGAGCGGCCAGCGGCAGACGACGCCAGGGCUGACGAGACCGACUCCUCCGACAACUCGGCGGCCCCCCUGUGUCCCUUCCCCCUGCCUCUGCCCAUCCGUGUCCCUCCCCCAGCGCGCGGCACAGUCGUCUACUCCAGCCACAUUCCCGCACUCCCUCCCUUCAGAACCAUCCCCGACAUCGCUGACGAUCCCGUCAUGACUUCUACCUCUCCCCACUCUGUGGGUGCCAGUGACCACCUCAAGGGCGUCUCUCCCGGCCCACCCAGCCAAGAGGACCUGGACAAGAUGGAGAGGCUGGAGCGGAUGAUGGCCCGUGCGCGGGUCAACAUGCUGAGGAGGCAGGGGGUGGCGCUGCCGCCCGCUGAGGAGACCGACACGCACACCGGCAGCAAAGAUGCCCGUGACAAUAAGCUUCCCGGCACCGGGGAGAAUAGGGGCAUGCGGCCGGUGGGGCAGAAGCAACAGAUGCGGCAGCAGGAGCAGCAGCCCAAGCAGAAGCCAGACAUGUCCGCGAGAAGGCUCACCAAAACCGCUCCCAACACCGGCGCCAUGUGCGAGCGACCCAACACACGUGGCGCCGUGAGAUCAUCGGGCCAUCAGCUGCUGAGCGUCCCGCCCGCCGCAGCCCGAUCUCGCUACCUCAGCAGCCGCAGGGGCGUCACCCUUCCCUCCCGCUUCCACCUGACGGCCUCCCGGCAGCCGAAUCGGUCCAUCCUGGUGCGCCGAUCGCUCCCUGUGCCGGCAAGGAAGCCGAUGGUGGGGUGGGAGACCGACACAACACCAGACAGACACGUCACCGACAUCCUGGAAAAGGCUGCAGCUGUGAGGGAGGUGGUGGGAGAGGUCGUGGGGCAGCAGCAGGCGGGCAACGGCGAGGCCGACGCCCAAAUGAGGCCAACUGCCGGCUCGCCUUUGCCGGCUGUGCCUGAGAGUGAGCCUGAUGCCGGUGCCGAAGACGACGAUGAGGAGGACAAGCCCCUGCUGCCCAAGAAAAAGGCCAAGAAGCGGCCGCCAUCCUCACCACCAACCACCCUUCCAGCACUGCCGCUGCCCGCGGCGGUCAAAGAGGAGCCCGAGAGCCCCCCGGCGUCAGCCAAGGCGCCGGAGAGCAGCGUGGCCAUGUCGUGGUCGAGUGGUGCGUACGAGAGAUCGGAGCUGACGAGUGCGAUCGCAUCGAGGGGAUGGAAGGGGUGGAGUUAUGUUGAGGAUGCCUACGGGGACUGGUACGGGAAUGAGGAGAGCAGUGAGGAGACGGACUUCGGUGUCCCCAAUCGGGUGCAGUGGGAGGUCCGGGCGCUGCUCAGGGGCACGUCAGACAGCGACAACAUCGAUCGGUGGGUGAGAGAGAUAGUCACACACACACACGGGGGAGCACACAGAGAUCUAUCCCUUUCACGUGUGCGGACCGUCCGUGUGCCUCUCUCAUCUCUCUCGUGCAGUGCUAGCUUCCGCUUGAGUCUGCUGCGUAUCGAGGCCAUCCGUGUCCAGAGGUUCUCCAUCGUCGUCCCUGGCGAGGUCCCUGACCUCCCCUCUCGCCUCGCCGAGAUCCCCGACGACCAGCCACCCAUCGUCCCAUCUACAGAGGACCCUUCCAGCGCUGCCGCCCCGGCAGCCACGGACGGGCUGGUCAUGCGCGAGCCGAUCGACAGAGACACGCCACCUGCAGCGAUGACGGUGCAGGACGUGCUGAUAGACGCCCAGCCGUGCUUGCCGCAAGUCAAGGCUGAGCCCAUGGACGCCGAUGGGCCGGCUGCAGACGAAGGGCCGCCCUCGGCAAGGCCAGAGGCCCAUGAUGAGGGGCGCAUGGAAGGUGCCGGGGAGGAGAGGGCGGGCGUGGAGGGCGUUGGGGUUGAGGGGGCGGCUGGGGAUGCUCCCGUGGCCAUGGAGGUAUGGCCGCCCGAUGCUCCUGUAGCGACAGAGCACCCCACACAAGACGCGCAAGACGACCAAACGGCUCAGAGGGCCACGCAACAGGAGGAGGCGGCACACAACCAUGAGGGGGCCAAAGGCACGGAGGACGAGCCGAUGCAUGGCCAAGAUCGACAUGACGACCAUCAGCACGAGCAGCAGCCCCCCACCCCCAACACCGGGCCCAAGGACGAGAGCCUUGCCGUUCGGGUGAAGUGUGAGCCUCUGGAUGAGAUCAAGGCCGAGCAGCCGAUCGACAAGUCCCACCCGAGCGACACCAACGACAACCCUCUGAAACGGCCGCCCGACGAGACCCCCAGCCCGUCCCCCGACCCCAAGCGCCCCCGCAGCGACGCCGUUGGUGGUGGAGGCGAGCCGCCAGGCACGGCGGCGGGGUAUACAUUGUCUGGCGGCCGUGUGGCGCCGAUGGAGACCGAUGAGGGAGGGAGAGGGGGAGGGGUGGGGGGUGAGGGGGUCGGUAGUGACGAUGAGGAGACGCUGCAGCUGCGACUGUUGGUGGCCAAGCGGAAGAAGAGGGAUGCCAGGGGCAGUGGGGGCGGCAGCCCGGUGCAGCCGCCUAGGAUACCCGAGAGGAGGGAGGGGCCGCCACCGCCCAAAAUGAAGGUCGGUACGGUGGGGAGCCACCCACCCAUCCAUCCAUCCAUCUCUCUCUCUCUCUCUCUGUGUGUGUGUGUGUGUGUCUGUAGGUGGAGUAUCCUAGCGAGCACCACAAUUUCAACUUGAAGGAGUACUACUACUUGUUGGACGGCCCGGCGGUGGAGCGUUCGCUGCGGCUGGCACUCAACCCCACCUUUCAGCGGUCAAUCGGGGAGGACUACUUCGACAGGUCAGUCAGUCAGUGAGGGACUCCGCUCAUGCCAUCCAUCCAUCCAACUCGCUCCCUCUCCCUUUCACUGUGGGUGUGUGUAUGUGUCAGUGUGCCUGAUUUGUCGCCCAUCAGCCUGGCGCAGUGGUGCCCCACUGUCUUCUGGAACGUCAUACGACUGGGCGGUCCCAAAGUAGACGAGGUACUCAGAGAGGGAUGGAGGGAGGGAGGAAGGUAUUGCGCACAACAGACACACGUGUGUGUGCGGGUGAUAUGUGUGUGUGUGGAUUUAGUUUUUGGCGACGUUGGUUCCCACGAGCAGGACGGUGCGUCGCCGGCGCAACCAGUCCGAGCGGUUCAGGCAGCACCAGCAGGAGAUGAAACAACACCAGCUCGAACAAAGACGACGCAAAGACAGACAAGAGUCAGUACUUAACCGCCCCCGCCCCUCUCACCCACCCCAUCAGCCAAACCACAAACAAUCACCAUGGUCAUUUUUUUUAUCUCUUUUGUGCCCGCGUGUGUGUGUGUGUGUGUUUGUGUGUCAGGGAGUUCCGCGCGCAGUACGAGCAGCGUCGCGAGGAGCGUCAUGAGCGGGAGCUGCAGAGGGCCGAGAGGCUCAACGCCCACUUCGACAAGUACCUCCAGAAGCUCGCCAAACGCGGCAACAAAGGGCGCAAGAAGCCAAAGGACACCGCCACGGCGGCAGCAGCAGCAUCAGCACCAGCAGCACCAGACACGGACAAAGACAGAGAGGGACCCGCUGCCUCACCGGCCAACACACAAGGGUGGGGAUAGAAAGGCCAGACAUCGAUGGCAUGUAUGUGUAUGUGUGUGUGGUGGUGUGUGGCGUGUGAUCCAUCCAGCGGGGAAGAUGAUGCGGCUGGUGCUGCUGCUGAGGCGUCGCCGGCCAACGGGUCCCAGGGCUCCAACGGCUCGGGCAGAUCCAGACGGUCAGCCAGUCAGGCGCAAUUGACCACACACACACACAUCCCCCCUGCAUGCACGUGCGUGGGUGUGUGCAGGAUGGCGCCCCACUACGGCGCUCCGACGACCGACACAGAGAAAGAGCAGCUGGUGGCCUCAUGCCUCGAACCGGACGGCAGGAUCAAGUCGGUCACCAUGGAAGGAAGCACACCCCACCCACCACACACAUAUUCGCCAGCAUGAAUGAUGACGCCUCUCUCUCUCUCUCUCUCUGUGUGUGUGUGUGUGUGUCCGUCCCUUCAGGAGGUCUCUGACUAAUUUGUCGAGUUACGCGAGGAACGUCGUGUACCGCACUUGUCUGGAGAGGGGCAUCCGGGCCCCUGUGGUCGUCAAGUACGACCGCGACACAGGACGGUGAGUGACUGAGCGAGUGAGCCGCCACACACAGCAUCCACACACAACACACAACACAGAACACGCAUCUGCGCCGGUGUCGGUGUUGUGCCCUCCGAAUGGUGCAGUGGCAUAUUGGCUGGCAAGGACAUCCACAAGGACGACUUUGUCUUCGGUGUGUCGGCUACCCUAGCCUACCUUUGCCACACAGCCAGCCCCCAACGCACAUACGCAAUCUCGUGUCUGUUUGUCUGCGUCACAUUCCUUCAUUCAUUUACAGAGUAUCAGGGCGAGUUGAUCCCGCAGACCGUCGCCGCCGAGCGCGAAAAGACCUACGCCACACAGAGAAAGGGGUACACACUUUCUCUCACACACACAGGGGGAGGGAGCCACUAGUUAUGGUGUCUCUCUCUCUCUCUCUGUGUGUGUGCCGUGUGUGUGUGUGUGUGUGUAUGUUUAGGUGUUACAUGUAUUACUUUGCGUUGAACGGCAACUGGUGCAUCGACGCCACGAGUGAGCAGUACAGCCACACGUGGGGGCCCGGCAGGCUCGUCAACCACUCCAAACAAAGACCAAACCUACUCAGCAAGGUCAGUCAGACUAUUCAUGCGACAGACAGCCAAGACAGCCGCGCUUGUGUGUCUGUGUGGGUCUGUGUGUGUGUGUGUGUGUGUGUUGUGUGGCAUCCGUGCAGUCGUUGACGGACACCAACGGCACCCCUCGGGUGUUCUUUGUGGCCAAGGAGGACAUACCCAAGUAGGCCUCCUACGUGUGUGCGCAAUGGAUGGAUGGAUGGAUGGAUGGGAAACAACACGCGCACAGAGGGACGGGCGCGAUGUUUGUGUGUGUGUGUGUGUGUGUAGGGGUGCCGAGUUGCUGAUCGAUUACGGCGAGACGAACCCGCGGGUGCUCGAGGCCAACCCCUGGCUCGUCAACACGUGAUACAUAUAUACCAGACACACACAUCCAUUGUGUGGCUGUCUGUGUGGAUGGAUGGGAGAACAGACGUGUGUGUGUGUGUGUGUGUGUGACUGCAUUGCCUUGCCUUGUUCUCAUGUCCGUGUGGUGAGUAAACACUGCACAGACACACCCAGAAGCUCAAGCACUCUCUCCGGA